AUGACAAUGUCCCAACGAGAUCUUUACGCAAACAGUUCCCCUCCACGCACACCUCCUUCUCAGACCGCAAAGUACCGCCCCAAACAAAAGCACCAGAAUCGGCCCUCCAUUCGAGAUGCUUUCCCGGAUGCAAUGGAGAAUGCGCGGGUCAGCGAGUCCACCGACGAGCGUGACCCCCAUGACCUCUCGCUCUCCCCCCAGCACGCUGCCCGCACUUCUAUAGUAGACAACAUGCUACUUUCACUUGAUCAGUUUGGGGCCCCUGACUCGUCCUUCAUGGAUGACUACCGGCUGUUCAAUUCGGCAUUUGACACCGACUCUCAUGGCCGCUUUCGAGGUCAUACUUUCUCCUCCUCUAUGUCCUCCGAUGCGGAUUACGGUUACGACGAUGGAAUUAGUCGCUACGCCACAAUAGCCGCCAAAGGACGCCGGAGCAACAGUAGCACCAAUUUCCAGUCAGUCCCCAGGAGAAUGGACAGUGCUCACAGCCGAGAUGCCGGCUCUCGUAGUGGAACUUUGCCAAGAGCAAAUGACGCUCGAAAAGGAAGCAAGGGUAGCUCUUCAACAACGGAUUACGCUUAUGGAAUGCCCAGGGGACGAGCGGACUCGGAUAUCCUGGAUCGGCGCUCGGCCAGCUUUGACUGCGGCCCCAAGAAAUACCUCCCGUACGCCGAUACGGGCAUUGGACAGGAAACACUACUAUAUGAUGAGGAUGCUGCACCAACGCCGAGUGUGCCAGCUGGGCCACGCAAUUUCGCUGAGUACAAGACCCAAGCCGGGCCGGCGUCACGGACACCAGUGGCAUCCCGACGCAAUAGUAUCAAAUCCGCCCAGGCUCCGCAUCUCCGCAAGACUCGUCCGGAGAAUAUUGGUACAGGGACCCUCAAAGUGCGAGACAAUGAAUUCGAUAUAUCGAAUGACCCAAGUCUUGAUAUUCCCCCGGUGUAUCCGUUGGAUCCUCCUGCGCCCAGUCCAACAAUAUCUUACAAUAAGCCGGCUUUCCCUCCCCCUUCAGCCCUGGAACCAGCAGCCGUUACUACAACCACCACGAUCACCACUAACCACAACACCCCAAUCAAUGCCAAGGAACGCCCUGGGUUCUUCCGGCGUGUCUUUGGCUCCUCCAGGAAUGCACCACCGAACCUCGCAGACUUUCCUGGUUCAAAUGUUAGUGACCUGUCUUAUCUCCAGGAAAAUGAAAACAAGGAUUCCACCGGGACGACGGUCAAUAUGAAAGGAGGAAGACUGCAGACACCCAAGAUCCCAGUAGCGGCACCCCCUACCCCAACUCGCCAGGGGCCUCAUCAAGUGGUGAACAAAAAGUCUUCAUUCUUUCGCCGGCGAAAGAAGUCUGUGGCCGAUCAUGUUCCGCCCCCCAUCGUCUUACCUCAAGACUUGGCACCUCACAAUCUGGAUUCCAUGAAGCCGGAACCCAGUCCAGUGAGCAGUCUGCGGAAGGUCAUGAAUCAAUACCUGGACGAAGUACCUGGAAAGCAAGAUAUCAAGGGCAAAGUCCCAGCAGACCUGCAGUCACAGAAGCCCAGAGAGAUCGUUUCAGCUCCUGACGGUAACUCGAAGAGUACUGACACCCUCCAGCCUCCCACAUCUUCCCGCGGUCAAGAUCGUUCGCCGCUAGCAGAAACCUGCGUCACCGAUGAUCAAUCCUCGGGAAGUGAAGUGACUGAGUCUACUAUAUUUGCAGAUCCCCCCUUGCAGGAGAAGGGGUCAAUCAUUGCGGCCACCACGCUCUCACCGGUCGUUGAGGAUUUCUCGGGUAACAGCAUUAAAGUGACAACAACUAAAUCUACCACCUCUUAUGAAGCAUCCCAGGACAAUCCAGUGGCAGUCAGCAAGCUAGUACUCCCGUCAGACAGCAAUAUUCCCGAGUCUCCUGCCGUCUCUGAAGCUUCACACUACCAAACUGCCUCUACUACACCGGUGAUUCAAUCUGAAGAGCCAAAGAUUGACCAAGGCCCCGACGACAGCAUCCACGACAGCAUGGAUGGACCAGGUGAGGCCAUUGAGGAUGGACCUACCGCAACUGAUCAGGAGCAGGCCCAGAAGCUCUUCGAUAGCCAAGACCAAGUGGUAGGCAAUGAGCCUGCUGCUGCUUGGCUUGGCGAUCCUGAUCGCGCCACAGUUCGGGAAGCUUACAUGCGACUCUAUAACUGGUCGAAUUUGAAUAUUCUGGCUGCAUUGCGCAGUCUGUGUGAACGACUCGUGCUUAAAGGAGAGACCCAACAAGUGGAUCGGGUGUUGGAUGCUUUCUCGAACCGGUGGUGUGAUUGCAAUCCGAGUCAUGGCUUCAAAGCGACUGGUAAGACCCCCCGUCAACCCACAGUUUUCAUUUGGUGGGUGUUUACUAAUGAGAUAACAGACGUUGUCCACACAAUUUGUUAUUCCAUUCUUCUGUUAAAUACAGAUCUUCACUUGGCCGACAUAGACCAGAAGAUGACUAAAACACAGUUCGUGCGAAAUACUAUGCCCACAAUUCAUCGAGUUGCCAUGGACGCAGCCCCAGAGGGAUUUGAAACGCUACGUCCGAUCAACCGCUCCAAGACGGGUGCGGACGUGGGACACUCAGCGCCUUCGUCUGCUCGUUCUCCAACUUUUCCACCAGAUGUUGCCCGUAGCUCCUUGGAUGGGGAUAAUACGGACCGAACCCCCAACGACGGUAAGAAUGAAGCAGGUCCGUUGGUAAACAACCCGUUCACAGGGACUGUGAGGGCUUGGGAGCAGCAAGUAGAGGCAGUUUUGAAGGAUUUCUACUCCUCUAUUCAAAAAGAGAAACUCCCCCUUCAUGGCGCUCCGCCAGCGCGAGAGGUGUCUCGCAUGUCUUCCAACAACUUUUUGGGCCCCUCCACAAGCACACUUCGUCGGAGUCCCAGCACAAUCAGCAAAAGUGGCUCGGACAUCUUCCCCCGCGGCCGGUCCGCCGAUUCUCGACACGCAGCGGCGCGGUGGUCCUCCAAGCCCCGGUCUCGAGCGGGAAGAUUAUACCCUCCGUCCAUGAUGGGCUCCAGUCGAACUAGCCUGGACGACCAAUCCUCUGUUUGGAGUCCAACUACGUCGAGCACAUGGAGCAAGUAUUCACUUGGCAAAUUUAACACCGCUUCGGUGGAUUCUUUUGGCUCGGAAUACCCCCGAGGCGAGUACCAGCAGUCUAUUGGUUUUGCCAACGCCCUGAGCCAGGCCAUUAUUCGUGAAGAUUCCGCCACCUCGGUCUACAGCUAUGAAGAAUCAGAGCGAACGACUCCCCUCCUCGAAGACGAGACAUUGGCUUUGGCCGGUGCCCCAUGGGCCAAGGAGGGCAGUGUCAAACAUAAGCAUCAUCUGGAUGCCGUGGACAAGCGCGCCAAGGAUCGCAACUGGGGCGAUUGUUUCGCUGUCAUUCAGCAGGGCUGGAUGCGACUUUUCUCAUUCACCAACACAACCAAAUCCAUGCGGCAGAAGGCGAAGCAGCGCGGUGGUGUUGUGGUCGGUGGUGGAAACUGGACAGAGAAUGCGGAAGAACUCUGGAAGUUUAUGCUCCGGCAAACCAUUGCGAGUGCUCUUCCCUCUCCUGGGUACUCAAAGUCCCGCCCUCAUGUCUGGGCUUUAAGCCUGCCCACUGGAGCAGUUCAUCUCUUUCAAGCUGGUACACCCGAGAUCGUGCGAGAAUUCGUCUCCACAGCUAAUUACUGGAGUGCACGAUUGUCCAAACAACCUCUGGUGGGAGGUAUCAGUAACAUUGAAUAUGGCUGGAGCGACGCUGUAAUCAACAGCGCUCUGGUCAAUACCGGUGAAGACCGGUCCCCACCACCAUCUUCAGGAGCUCAUCGCGCCAGCAUUCAAAGUUCAAUCCGCAGCUCAAUCGACCAUCAGGGUGUACGACCCAGGCUGCCUGCGGAUCGUGUUCACAUCAGUGACUGGAGUCCUCCUCAGCAAAGCAUGGUGGCCUCGAACUUUACUGAAGAAGAGCAGCUGAAGGCGCUGCAGGCGUACGUGAAGAAUGUUGAAGACGAUCUCCAGAGACACAAUGAGUUGCGUGCGGCCAUGCAUCUGGCCUUCUCCCCGCGGCACCCCAACUCCGCGAAGGCGAUGGCCAACUGGGAACGCAAAUCAUCAUAUCUACUACGCGAAAUUGUCAAGUUCCGAACCUAUAUUGAUUCCCUUUGCAAUGCCAUCAAGCAGAAGGAAAAGAUCUACGCUUCUUCUAACAACUAUUAUACUGAGACCGAAACUGUGGAACCAGCUGGGGAGGUCACGACCUCAACCUGA